CCCUUCUCCCGGUCGGCAGUCGGAGCUCGCCGAGCUGGUGCCGUUCCCCCGGGCCGGGGCUGAGCAGCCGCCGCUGCCCGGGACCCCCAUGGCACCGCCGCGAUGUUCGUGUCCCGGCUCCUGGAUUUCCAGAAGACGCGCUACGCCAGGUUCAUGAAUCACCGUGUCCCAUCCAACUGCAGGUACCAGCCCACAGAAUACGAGCACGCAGCCAACUGUGCCACCCACGCUCUCUGGAUCCUGCCAAGCAUCCUUGGCAGCUCCAUCCUCUAUAUCCUCUCUGAUGACCAGUGGGAAACCAUCUCAGCCUGGAUCUAUGGCUUUGGCUUGUCCAGCCUCUUCAUUGUCUCCACCAUCUUCCACACCAUCUCCUGGAAGAAGAGGCAUCUCAGGACUGUGGAGCACUGCCUGCACAUGUUUGACAGGAUGGUGAUCUACUUCUUCAUCGCUGCCUCCUACGCUCCCUGGUUGAACCUGCGGGAGUUGGGUCCCUGGGCCUCCCACAUGCGCUGGAUCAUCUGGAUCAUGGCAUCCAUCGGCACCAUCUACGUUUUCUUCUUCCACGAGCGGUACAAGCUGGUGGAGCUGGUGUGCUACGUUAUCAUGGGCUUCUUCCCCGCCUUGGUCAUCCUCUCCAUGCCCAACAGGGAUGGCCUCCUGGAGCUGGUGGCUGGUGGCUUCUUCUACUGCCUGGGCAUGGUGUUCUUCAAGAGCGACGGGCGCAUCCCCUUCGCCCACGCCAUCUGGCACCUCUUCGUGGCCAUGGGAGCUGGCACCCACUACUAUGCCAUCUGGAGGUACCUGUACCAGCCCGGGGCACUGGACACCAAAACCUCCCCUCGGUAGAAGCCUUAGAGACGUUGUUUGUGCCACCUGGCACGUGGGGACACAGAGGGCACUGGUGACACAGUGGGCUUGCCCCAAACCACCCCCUCACCCUGUGGACAGCAGCUGUUGGUGCCCUUCCUGCACACACAGGAGAGCCUGGAGGUUGAUUUUAAAUGUUUUUGUUUUUUAAGCUCGGGAACUGUUUGUUUUUUUAGGCAAAAGUUUCAGAACACAGUGACUGACUGGGCUGUGGGCUGACUCACAGUGACCACUCACUGGGAGCUUUGCUCACUCACCUGGUCUUGAGCAUCCCACAGGACUGGGAAACUUGGCCCCACAUGCCCCAGCUAUGACACCCUGGGUUUGGCUCCUGGAGUCCUUAGAGUGUGCCACUGAAGGGACUGGAGGAGUCAGGGUGAGGGGAGAGACCCAGUGGUGGAGGGGGAUGUGGUGACAGCCCUGCACCACCUGGUCUGGCUCCUAAAUCUUCCUGAGCCCUGCCAGCAUUAACAGCUCCAUCCCAAGCCCUUGAGGGGAUGGCCCAUACUCAACAAGCCUUACAAGAGAUUGAAACUUGAAUCUCUUCCAGGGCAUCCCAGUCCCUAAGCACUGGGAAACCCUUUCUCUAAGCCAAUAUGAAGUGCACAACUCAUCCAUACAUCCCUGGGAUCCCCUGUGGACAUUUUCUCCCUGGAGUUCUCGGUUUUCCUCUCCAGCCUGGUGCCAGUGGCAGCCUGAAGCACAGCCCAGCUCCCAAGCCCUGCUGCACGUGUGCCUUCAGCAGGGAGCAGAGCUGGGAUCCAGCUCCUGGCAUCUCCCUGACUGGGGUCAGCCCAGGGGAGUCCCUUUCUCCUGGAGGGAGGGCAGAGAACCUCCUUGGACUGGGAUCACAGGGCUACCUGCCUUCUCUGCUCCCAUUUUGCUGAUGAACCUAUUGCUCAUCAGAUUUAAUUCCACUUUUGGAAAGAUUUCUGGCAUUCCCAGGUUGCUGCAGGGCAGGAAUGCAUCCACACGAAGCCAGGGUGUGAGCUGUAAUGGAGAGGUCCCAUUGAUGCUCAGUUUUUAGAUGUCUAACCAUGGCCACACAGUGGGACAUGGGACAUCCAUCCAGCUGCUGGGAGCAGCAGAAUGGCAAAACCACACCUGAUCCUGCUCUCCAAAUGUUGUUGUUCUAUUAUUUCUAGAGUCCUAUAUUGUUGUUAUCAGAUUUCUAAAGUCCAUACCUCUUCGGUGUGUUCUAAUGGCUGCAGAUCUUCACAGACUCCUUCUUCUGCAUGUUGUUCUCUCUCAGGCCAGGGCUCCUCCAAGGCUCUCCCUGACUGGCUAACCCACCCCCUUUUAUCCCAGUCAUCUUCAUUGGUCACAGCUGCAGCCCAGUUAAGGACAUUGCAGCUGCAGCCCAUCAAGGACAACCGGGACCUCUGGGGCAAAGCCUCUAUACAGAUAUUCAAAUACAUUUCCUCUACUAUACCCAAACACCCUGGCAGAGCUGCUGGAGCCAGGAGGGUGUGGUGGUGUGUGCUGGGCUGAGCCUGCACCUUCCCCAUCAGCCCCAAAGGAAUCCGUUGCCCAUCACCUCUUUUUGGCCUUUGAUUAAUCACAGCUGCAGCCUCUGGCACCAUGUGGCAAGUGAAGGAGAUUUGUGGCCACCAUCCCACAUCUCCUGUUCCUCCAGCAGCAUUCCAGGGAGCUGAGCAGAGCUUAGGGGCCCCCAGCCUGUGGCACCCCAGGACUGGCUGUCCAGGGCUGUGCCACUGUGCAGCACAUCACCAAUGUGCCCGGUUUGUGUGCAUGGGGGUGAACGAGCUGGUGUGAGCCCAGACUCUGUUGCUGCUGCUCUGCCCAGCCCUGGCCCUGCCACCUGCUGCAGGUGCAGAGGUGGAAAAGGAUGAGCUGUGAGUAACCAGCAGCUGAUGGAGCAUAUCCAGGGCUGGAAUAGCAGGAUGCAGAGAUCCCAGGAUGGGAGAUGCCAUAUUUUCUGUCUGGCAAGUCAUUACCCUUCUCUGUGCCUCAGUUUCCCCAUCUGUAAAAUGGGGGUGCAGACCCUGACCUACCUCACAGGGCUCGUGUGAGGACCCCGUGAAGCACUUGGAGGGCAGCCAGAGCUGCACAAACCCCUGCUUCACUUUUCCCUGGCUCUGGGGGAGCAGGUUCCCAGAGCCACCCUGGGGCACACUGGCAGCUUCAGCUCUCCUUGCCCUCUGUCCCUGAUGCCACGGGGAGCCACGCUGGGGUCAGAGCAGGCAAACAGCGCUCCCAGCCCCAGGCCACUGUCCCCUGGCAGGGCUGAGGGUGCCCAGGGACCACCACCCUGGGCUUCACCCCAGGGGAUUUAUCUCAGAAACUCUUUUGCCAUUUGUGGUCUUUUGGCCCUAAAUCUGUCCCAGGGGCUCCUGAGGCACAGGGAGGUGCCAGAAGGACCUUUCUGAGGCUGCUUCAUCUCAGUCUCCUGCUGAAAAUCCAGGGCAGGACACCCAGCAGGAGUGGAUGGCUGGGAACAAAGCCACCCUGCCUUCAGCCUGGAUUUGCAGAGUGGGCUUCUCUGUAAGUGAGAGGCUCCCCCUCUCCUCUUGCUCCUAAAUCCUCCCCUUGCAAAGCAUGGGGGACACAGAGCAAGUUAUUGGAUUGUCCUCCUGUUUUAUACUAAUUUUAAAUGAUUCGUAACAUUCAGGAUGUUUGUGGAGGAGGGCUCGAGGGAUCUUUUUAGCAUCUCAUGUUUUUCACCAUCCAUCCUUGUUCAAUCAGUAUUUUAUAUUUAACACAGUAUUGGGUCAAAUACAAACAAAUGUAAGGAAGAUAACACUAGUGGAUGUUGUUUCCUGUGGAGUAGGAUCGAAAUAAAAACUCAAGAUACCUCA